AUGAGAAACGAAACUGUUUUACAAUGGAAACUUCCACCAUGUGGUAAGCAGAAACUGAAUUUUGAUGCGGCAUUAUUUCAUGAUAUAAAUUUUGCUGGUGUUGGGGUUAUUCUUAGGAAUGAAGUUGGGGAGGUGGUGUUUGCUUUAAGUAGGAAGGAAAUUGGGGUUUCUGCAGUAGAUGGUAUUGAAGCUCUAGCAUUUUUUAGAGGGUUACAGAUGUUACUCAACAUGGGUUGUAAUGGGCUGAUUAUAGAAGGAGAUUCAAUGCAUGUAAUUGAUGAUAUUAAAUCAAGGGAACCAAGGUUUACAUCACAGGUGCCUAUUAUUAAGGAAAUACAGCAGAUUCUGAGGCAUUUGUCAGAUUGGGAAUUAAGCCAUGUGGGUAGAUGGGGAAAUGAAGCCGCUCAUUUUGCUAGCAAGACAUGCUUGUACGGUGGAUGA